AAUACUGUCUUUUAUUCACAUCGGUGUAUGCACGGGGUGUAUGUUUAUAUUUCUCUGAUUCACAUUCUUAUCCGGUGAAUUCGCGGUGAAAUGGGUGUUUGUGUAUUUGAUGUGUAUGUAUUUCUCAAUGCUCUAUGCUUUGCUGGAUGAAUACUUGAUGUACGGCACAUAAUGCAAUGAUAUUUUUCUUAGUGUUUCUAAUUUUUAUACAAGAUUCUGUUUGUUCUGGUGCUGGCAGUUCAAUAUUUUUUAAACGUUCCUCUCGAAGAAAUUGCUGGACCAAUUUUGAUAUAGCUGGUUUGCGAGCUAGACAAUUAUUUGAAGAACUUAUACCACCCGUACUUCCACCGGAUAAAAUGAAUGAUAGAUACAUACAAGAUUUGCUGGGAUAUUUUAAGGGUGCCCUCCAAACUGCAGCAAAAAACCAUGAUACGAGUAUCGGUUUGUCACCAGCAGAACUGCUAGCUGACACCAUAGGUUCCCAUUUGAGAAGUGAUAUGCUUCCUUCUGCUAGGCUUGCGUAUUACGCUGGCAACAUCUCAUACAGAAAAGCGAGAGAUUUGCACGAUUUUUAUAACAACAUAAAAAUAAUGUUAAACACACAAGGCCUGGGUUGGAAGCUACCAGCUCGCUUAAAGAAGUGGGGAAACUUGACAAUGGAAAAAAUAAGGAUAGGGCUCGGGAAAAACCCGAAUCCUUGCGCUCUUUUAAUAUUCAAACGAGAUACUAGUUCUUGCAUUUACUUACCUACCCCGAAACUGGACGACAGCGACAAACCAUCCGCAAUAGCGUUGCCAUUGAAAACCGAAGGAUUGGUAAGCUUAGAGUCGCCAAAAUCAGAGAAUGUUUUGUUAAACUAUUAUACUACAGCUUCUGGGUGCAUACUACGUAACUCGUCCACAAAAUGUCGUCAGUCAGAUUUUGUCGGCUUCAACAGCGACCUCUGGCGUUGGAUGAAGAGGGAUGUGGCACCACACCUCACCGACGAGAAACUAUACGCCGCUUUCGGCGGAGUUUUGAGGGUAGCAGCGGCCGUGCAAAGCUAUGGUCGAGGAUUGUCCCGGCGUAACAUAAUUUCGUAUCGAGAUGAAUCAAAAUGGCGUCCGUGGAAAACUGUUCCCGAUGAUUCCGUAGAUGAUACCACGUUGUACUUGUGCAUGAUCAUAGUUUUAUCCGUCUCCACGAUUAUAUGCCUUCUGCAAGUGAUUUACAGCAAUAUUCUAAACGAGAACGGCAUUUGCCGCUACAAGCAUCCGCAAAGGAACAUGGAUGUGGAAUAUGCGAAAGCUGAUUCGAGUAUACCGGUUAUGCUGCCGAGACAUAGAGAUCCCGUAACGCCGAGGAAUGAAUCUGGAAAUACAACACGAACUCGGAAAGUUUACGACUUACACGAGAACAGAGAGGAAGAUAUGGCUAUUGAAGAGAGCAGCGAGGACUCAGAAUCGUCUACAGAAUCGGAAAUAAUCAAAGAAUUAGAGAACAAAUCUGCUCAGCCAAAAAAUGCGCACUCGCUUAGUCCACCGAGAAUAGAGACGUCGAUGUCGGAGGUAAGAAUUCAGAAGAAACGUCCUAUUACGUCACGGAAAUCAUACUCGACGAAUUCUUUCAUCGCAGACUCAGCGCAAACUUUCAUCGGAGGAAAGUCAUCAUGCACAGAAUCAGAAAGUUCCCUUUCUGAGGAAUCUUUCUCCACAAGUUCUAAGAUAUCGAAGCGAAGUCGCAACAAACGCGAUUUAGCUUGGGCGAGGCGCAUCGUUUCCAAGCAAAAUAUACUCAGAACCUCAGAUAGCAAAUCGUUUACACCGUCAUAGAUUUUAGAAUUUUACAUUUACUCGUUUUAGUAGCAUUUACUUUUUAAGAGAAUACGUUUCAAGUGGGUUUAGAAAUAAAAUUCAGGAAUAA